AUGCCGACUUUCACGCCAGAGAAGUUUGGGUUCAUCGGGAUGGGCAACAUGGGUCUCCCAAUGGCGCGCAACCUCGCCGCCUACCUCGAGACCGAAUCCCUCGCCCCCCUCCACGUCUACAACCGCACGACCUCGAAACUCCCUGCCGAGUCGGCGCAGUUCAAGCACGUCCAGAGUGCGAAGGAGCUUGCCAAGACGUGCGACGUGAUCGUGACGAGCUUGGCGCACGACGAGGCCGCCAAGAGCGUGUACAAGGAGUUGUUUGAGGGCGCGAAGGAGAAGAAGGAUGGAAGGGGGAUCAUCUUCAUCGACACGUCGACUCUGUACCCCUUGACCUGCGGCGAACUCGAGCGCACGGCGCAGUCUAUUCCGGGCGCCGUCUACCUCUGCUCGCCCGUCUUUGGCCCCCCUCCCAUGGCAAAGGACGCCAAGCUCGUCUUCGUCCUCUCCGGCGACACCUUCGCCAAAAAGAAAGUCGUCAAAUUCCUCUCGCCCUCGAUGGGUCGCCGCGUCAUCGACGUCGGAAACAACGUCGAGCGCGCUGCGGCGUUCAAGCUUUGUGGGAACGGGAUGAUCGCGAGCAUCAUUGAAUUGCUUGCGGAGGCGAUGACGCUCGCGGACCGCACCGGCGUCGGCUCCGACCUCCUCUUCGAGUUUGUCAAAGAGUUCCUCCCCGCCCCCUCCUUCAUCGGCUACGGCGGCAAGAUCCUCAACAACACCUUUGAGGGCGAGACGGGCUUUACGGUCAAGGGCGGACUGAAGGAUGUUACGCACGUGAGGAACUUGGCGCAGAGCGUUGGAGCGACAAUGCCGGCUUUGGAUGCGGCCCACCGCCACCUCGUCACCUCCCUCGCGAACGGCGGCGGAGACCUCGACUGGUCUUCCCUCGUCGCAGGCCCGCGUCUCGCAGCGGGACUUCAGCCUUUCACCGGGCGCAAGGAACACGCCCGCGACACCGGCUUCGGCGCAAAGACGGACGAGCCGUCCAAGAACGAACUCGAGCCCGAGUCUGUCGGUGGGAUCAAGACUGUUCAGAACUUCUGA